AUGGGCAAUAACGAAAAUAAUGCAGGUAAUAAUAUGGUGCCUCAAAAUUUUCAAAUAAAAAAAAAUUCCAUGCAACAAAAAAAUGAAGCUAAUAAAAAACCUUGGUAUUUACAAUUAGAUAAAAAUGAUGUAACUUAUUUUUUUGAUUUGAGUGAAGAAGAAAUUAUUAGUGGAGGAAAAAGAAAAAAGCCUAUAGAUAAUAUUAAGAAUAAAAAAUUUGAUAAGGAAUUAAAAGAAAAUUCAUAUAAAAAAAUUGCUGUUGUAAAAAAGGAACAUGGUAGUGAAAAUGAAAAUGAAGAAAAAAAAAAAGGUUUUGAAGAAAAUGAGGAAAAUAAAAAAGAAAAAAAUAAUGUUAAAAUAAAAGAAAUUGAUAAUAAUAAUAAUAAUAAUGAAUCAUUAAUUUCAACAUAUUGUUAUUAUAGAGAAAUAAAUAGUAUUAAGAAUAACAUAUUGACAAAUUCAAAUAUUUCAAAAUCACAUAACCUAUUUUUAUACUUAAAUAUGUUUGCUAAAUAUUUGAACUGUGGUAAAAAAACCUCAGUAGAUAAAUUUUUAAGAAAUUUUAAUAAAAAAAGAUUUAACAAUAAUAAUAAUAAAGGAUUAUUUAAUAAUUAUAAGACUGAUAUAUAUGAAAUUGGUAUUUAUGAAAAGAAUAUUUUUACAUUUAAAUUAUUAAAAAAAAAUAGAAAAAUUGGAAAUAAGAUAUAUUACUUAAAUGAAGAAUUAUUGGGUUUAGAGAUUGACAGUUUUUUAGCAAAAUUUUAUCCAAUAAAAUAUAUAGUUAAAGAUAACCCUCUCAUAAAGAAUUAUCAAAAACAAGUACACACUAAUCUCUCUAGAGAAAAACCAUUAACAUUUGGUUUAGUAAUAGACUUUGAUUACAUUCGAGAAUGUUUUGAACAAAAUGAAGAAAGAUCAUUGGAAUUAUUGGAUUUUAUAGUAAUAUUAGAUAAAAUUUCUGAAGUUUUUAGAGAAAAUUGUUCAAUUAUUUAUUUACAUAUAUCAAUAUUCAAUGAAAAUGGUAUUUCUGAAAGCAUAAACAUAUAUAGAAAUACCUAUGAAUACUUAUUCGAUGGAUUAAAGUGUACAAUGAAAUUAUUUGAAGAAAGAAAUAUAAAUUUAAUAACUAGAGUCCAUCCUUUACAUUCAUAUAGGAAAAUAAUUACUGAUUCCGAAAAUGACAAUCCAAUGAUAAAAGAUGUAAACAAAUUAUUUGAAAAUAAAGAAAUUGAUAACAUUCUAUUAAUAACUAAUGAAAUAAAUGUAAUAUCAUAUUGCUAUAAAAUACGUCAUAGAAUAAAAUAUAAAGAAAAAAAUAAGCAAAAUGAUUAUGCUAUAUCAUAUAAAAAGCCUGUUCUUGUUCUUUCUUUUCUUAAUAAUUUACCAAUUAAAAAUAAUAAAAUUCAUCCUUAUUUAAAACUGGAUAAAUUCUGUUAUCUAACUUUUAUUAUUGAAAGUAUAUAUCUUAGGUGUCAAGCAAAAAAUAUUGAAAAGAUUGAAAUGCAGAACAAAGAAAAUAUAGAUUUAAUUGAAAAAUAUAUUCUAAAAUAUAAUAUAAAAAAUAGAAAGUUAAAAAAGAAAAUUAAUGUUAUAUUAUUAGAUGAUAUAAUGUAUAAAAUUAAUUUUAAAAAUCAAAAUACAAUAAUAAAAGUUUCGAGUUUGCUAAAGAGGAUUUUUUUGCCAUUGUAUUAUCCAAUACACUAUUAUAUAAAGGAAAAUUAA